CUUAUUUCAUCGAAGACGAAUAAUUAAAACGCUAUGAAAAUUGCCAAUCCAUCGGGAGAGAGAUUCGCGGAGGUAUGAACUUCGCGCAGUUCACGGGCCAUAUCCCGGCGGGCGCGGCCAUCCCGACCAUCCAGCAGUUCGCGGCCAAGUUUGGUUACGAAGGUGGUGGCGGCGGCGGCGGUGGCGUGGUGCAGGAGACGCGCUACGCGUCGGCCGGGGGCUCCGGCGCGCAGUUCGUGGCACCCGGUGCCCUGCCCGCCGACGUUAAGUUCCGUCAGGCUGAGAGCGUGGUGGUGGUCAGCUCAGCGCAACCCGGCACUGUCGCCUUGACCGGCCUCACGCCCCUGCACACUGGUGUGAAGUACCAGACGAUAUCGUCGUCUUCGGUGAACGUGGGAGGCGUGGCUUACGCGGGGGCGAGCGCCGGCGCCGGGGCUGGCUACGUGCAGACCGACACCGUGCACCAGCUGAAGGCCGAGCAGCGCAUCGACAAGCGCGAGUACCGGGAAGAGCUGCACCAUGACCUCAUGGCCACCAUGAUGCAGCAGCAAGGCGGGGGCGCGCUGCAGGCGGGCACGCAGCAGCUGGUGGUGGUGCUACACGAGCCGAAGGAGGCGGCGGCCUUCGCGCGUGCGAUUAAGCAGGAGGGCCGCCUCGAUCGCAACGCACCACCCGCUGAAUUCAUCAGUAUCGGUGACGUGACGGACACGUCGACGUGGCAGACUCUGGGCGGCGGAGUGGCGGACUACCUGUCGGCGUUGCCGCUGCCACUGCAUCACCUGCUCAAGUACUCGGCGCCCGACAAGCGCGAAGAUCAGCCGGCCAUAAUCACGGCCGUCGCCACUAACGCACUGCCCAACAUACCCUCACUCACUCCGGUGGCGACAAACACAGUCAACAGCGUGGUGGUACAGACUGCCAUUGUCAAUCAGAACGUGACAUCAAAUACAACCACUAUCACCAUAUCGAAGAAGAAAAAGAAGAAGAAGACGUUAAAGGAGAAAAAGCCGCGGCCUAAACCUGGAGAGAUACGACUGACCACUGCUUUAGACGGCAGUACGCUGUACUGUUGCCCCGAGUGCCACAUGGCGUACCCUGAGAGAGGGUUGUUGGAACAACACUUAGUGGGACACACUAUGGAGAGGAGGUUCAUAUGCGACAUAUGCAACGCGGCGCUGAAGCGCAAGGACCACCUGACACGACACAAGCAGUCACACAACCCGGAGCGGCCGCACGUCUGCUCUGUCUGUAUGAAGGCGUUCAAGCGCAAGGAGCAGCUCACAUUGCACUUCGUCAUACACUCCGGCGAGAAGCGGCACAUAUGCAACGAAUGCGGGAAAGGUUUUUACCGCAAAGACCACCUCCGCAAGCACACGCGGUCGCACAUCGCGCGUCGCGUGAAGGCCGAACUGUCGCAGCAGUCGGGAGGCGCGCCUUUGUCGCAGCCCGCCGCACCCGCGCCUGCGCCGGUCGCCGCGCCUUCCUGACCCGACGACAAGAACGACCUGCUCACACUCAUACAAGCCGCCAAGGACGUCUUCUGACAGUAGAAACAUUUCCCGCCAAAACCAAGAUGAUGACACUUGACGACUACCAUAGUUAUUUUUGUUUUUUAUAGAUCCCAUAGCCUAUUGAUGAUGGAUGAUCAGAAAUAUUUCAUGUUUCUGUCCACUGAUCUCAAAAUGGACAGGCGAUUGCUUGGAAAUGACAGUUCAUGAUACGUGACAUUUAAAUUUAUCUAUUUUACUAGUUCAAAUCCACACCACCCCUAUAAAACGCUACCAUCAGCGCUAAAAUUGCGAAAUCAAGAAGGCACAAAAUACUACGUCUUAUAGCAAGUCCAUUUAUAAAGGUCAUUGUUCCUGUCACAUCAAUGACUAUA